UUCCCGGUCUAUAACAUAAAAUUAAAAAUUGCUAAACUUAAAAUUGUUAAAAGUAAAAAUUGGUAAAAUUUCCUCUAUCCAAAUCUUUUAAUGAUCGCUAGACUCAUCAAAUAAGCCGAUGCGAACGUAGGCAAAUAAAAGAAGUAACAGUUUAAACUUGUUUAAUGGGUUAUUUUCACCUCAUAGUACACAAUACUUACAAGCUAUAAAUAUUGUAAACUUUUUAUACUUUUAAUAAAUGGCAGUCUCAUUUAUAUCUUGGUAUAACAAUAUCAAAGAUGUUAUACAAAACGGAGGCAUGAAAGAUUUAGAAAAUCAUUUUAAUGGACAAAAGAACGAUUUUAGUCGUGUAUCUUUGUUAUUAAAACAGCCAGAAAUAUUUGAUACUGUAGUUUUAAAGUCAUUUAAACCGAAGUGUAAAAAGUUAAGUGAAAAUGCUAGAAACUUAGGAAAUAAACAAUUUGCAAAUCUAAAAUUAGUCGAUUCAAUGAAAUGUUAUUCAGAAAGUAUAUCAUUAGCAGAAAGUUGUUCUCAAGAGCUUGCUUUAGCUUACGGUAAUCGGUCAGCUGUUUUAUUCGAAAAAAAAGAGUAUGCUUUAUGUCAAGCAGACAUUAAUGCAGCUUUGCUUAAUAAAUAUCCAUCUGAUCGAGUGUACAAACUUUAUGAAAGAUUAGGAAAAUGUUACUUAGAACUCUCACUUUAUGAACAAGCCUCUGAAGCUCUCUCUGAGUGUCUUCAAUGUAUUAAAGUUAGUGACUUAACUGAAGAUCAAAAAAAUACAAAACUUCAAUCAAUUUCUAACAUGGUUAAAGGAUGUCAAGAAAACUUCUCAUACAGUUGUUUAAAUGUUCAAAACUUUUGUUAUGUUGUUAGACCUCCUGUAAUAUUAAAAAAAAAUACUAUUUAUCCAAGUACUUCUGAAGCACUUAAAAUUGUCAGCACAAAUAGCAAAGGUCGACAUGCAAUAGCAAGUAGAGAUAUAAAAGCUGGCGAAGUAAUUAUCAUAGAAAAGCCAUUUGCAUCUUUAUGUUUACCUGAAUGCUACAAUACUCAUUGUUAUCAUUGUUUAACGAGAUUUAAAAUAAACUAUCCAUGUAGAUUGUGUUCAACUGUAAAUUACUGUUCCAUUUCAUGCGAAAAGGAGUCUUGGGAAAAGUUUCAUUGUUUUGAGUGUGAAUACCUUGGUGUUCUCAUUAAUGAUGACGUUGGGUUGGCACAUUUAGCAUUUAAAAUAAUUACUAAUGUUGGAAUAAGCAUGUUACUAUCAUUUAAAGAAAAUAAUUCUUUUGAUGACCUUAAGCCAUAUAGCUCAACAGAUUAUAAUUCUAUUUUUAGUUUAAUAGGUAAUAGUGAACUGCGUAAACCUGCUGAUUUGUUUAGGCGAGCAUUACUUUCAAUAUAUAUUGGAAAAAUAUUAUGUUUAACAAACUUUUGUUCAACAGAAAACUUAAAAAUUGUCUGUGCUCAUUUAUUAAAACAUAUUCAAAUGCUUCCUUGUAAUGCUCAUGAGGUUUCUGAACUUCAGUUAAAAGCAUCUAACUAUAAAGAUUCUGAGUUAAAAGAGAUUGGAUCUGCUGUAUAUGCCACUUUAAGUUUAUUGAAUCAUUCAUGUGACCCAUCAGUUGUUCGUCACUGUUAUGGCGAUACUUGUGUUUUAAGAGCUAUAAAACAUAUUAAAGAAGGUAGUGAAAUUGUAGAUAACUAUGGGUUUCUUUAUGCAGUUGAGUCAAAAGUUAUUCGCCAAUCUCAUUUAAUGGAACAGUACUAUUUUGCAUGUCAAUGUGAAGCUUGUUCUAAUGACUGGCCAUUAUACCAAGAUCUUGUUGCUGCAAUGCCAUCAUUUUUAUGUUCAAAAUGUUCAAAAUGUUACAGCUUUGACAGCAGUUGUUGUGUUACUGAUAAGGAGGUUUUGAAUUUUCAAGCAUUACAUUCUAAAUAUAGUUCUGCGAUGCUUGAUGUGUUAGAAAAUGGGAAUGUUACUUCUAAUCUUUCAGUACUUUUAGAGUAUCUUGAUUUACUAUCACGCAAAGCAAUAUUACCUAUUAUUCAUUUUAAUAACUGUCAAGAGAUAGUGAAGCUCUGUUUUUCUUUGCAAGGCAACUGUGUUAAGCUGUAAACACAAUAAAAUAUUUUUUAAGCUGUAAACACAAUAAAAUAUUUUUUAAGCUGGAAACACAAAAUAUUUUUUAAAGAUUAAUACUCAUGAUUUUGAGAUCAUAUUUUAAUUUAUAAUUUUAAAAUGUAGUUAUUUUUUUGUCUGUCGUCUUAAACAAUUCAGUUAACAACGGAGUUCAUUGCAUUGUUUAUAGUUUUCUCAAUGGAUAUAAUGAAUUAUUUUAUACAAAAUUUUUAAAAAUGUAGAUUAGGUUUU